AUUGUUUCUCGUGCCUAGUUAAAUGCACAAAUUGAGCCAUAAUUGGAAUAACAGAGACAGUUUGUAAUUAGACACGUACUUCAUACUGCCCUGAAUAUACGUACUUCUUGUAAAAAUGGACUUUCCAUGGAAAUUAUAUAAAAUUCUCUUUCAACACAUAGCGAUUUUAGCCUUUGUUGUAAUAAUCGUUUGCGACAAAAUUACGUAGGCCCCAAAAUAUUGUAAUUUACAUCCUUACACGAAUCCUACUUCUAACUUCCCUUAAAAUUUUAAACAGAGAAUCUUAAAGAUUUUACCGCCUUGUGGGACAAACUAGCUCACUUAAUCUACUGUGAAAAGAAAAAUAAGUGCUUCAGAGCAUUAAGUACCGACUGGCACGCCUACUCUUUUAACUCGGAAAUACAGGGAAGCUGUCGAGUGGUUUGUAAGACAUGUUUACAGUACUCAGGGAUCGCCGGCGGAGUCGAUCGAGGACAUCCAACAGUUCCAUUCCCAGGAGUCGAACACCAUCCAGUGUAUCAAGUGGACGAACUACCCCAUCUCCGGGGCCCCCUGGGACGGCAACGUCGGAGGAAGUGGCCAACAUGUCUCCCGAGACGCCGACGCGACAGGCCUGCCAUCUGCCAUACUGCAGAAGCAAGUACCAGACGGCGUGUCUGCUGGUAUCUCGCUCCGUUCCUGUCCACUACUCCAGCACCGUCAUCAUCCAGCUUGGGUCCACGAAGAAGAGGUACCUCGAGGAAAUCACGUUUCAGAAACGAUUGGUGCCAAGGCAUUUUUCUGAAAGCAUGGAGGUUGCAACAGAACCAACAUGUCAGUGCUACACAUCAGAAGUGACAAUCCCUUGCCAGCCCCCACUGAUCAACAUUAUUAGCCUUGAGGCACAGCAACAGGUUCCAGGCUAUCACACUCCCCCACUCACAACUGCCUUGUAAUCGCUGCUACCCUUAACUGAUACAUCAGUGGCAUUCACUGUAAAAUAAACUGUGCUAGCAACUGCAGCUAAUUUACAUAAUUACAGGGAUGUGCAGAAAGUGUGCCGUUGUAACCAUAUUGCGCACAACUUCUUGAUACAUAUGGUGUGUUUCUCGUAGCAUAAUGAGUUAAGAUGAGUUUCUACAUAAGUAAUUGUACAUCACAGCAUGGUAAGAGCAGUGAGAGCUUUUUCAGCCUUGCUUUGGCACUUCAUUAACCUGUGGUACUUUUCUGUGUUAAACUGUUCCUAAAUUUUUAACCUUAAAUACCACUCUUUAGUGUAGAGCAUAUCACAGAAAAGUAUGCAUGGGAAAUUGAAUGAUGAUGUAAAGACAUAGUUUUUGCAGAUAUGCAACAUUUGUACAUACACAGUAUGACACACCAUGAGCUAAUGAACUAAAUUCUAACAUGCCACCAAAUGAAAGUUUUGAGAAACACUGAUCUUUACAUUGAAGAUGACUUCAUGGACUGCAAAAUAAUUUGCAGAUCACUCUGCAGUGACUGCUGGGUAAUUUCAUCUGCAACUCUCAUAUUUUCUGGUCCUUCAGAUCUUCAUUACUCCCCCUACCAACUAAGAUCUAUAUUUCUCUUCCUCACUGCUUCACAUUACCAUUGUAGGAUGUGGGUUAUUACACUGAGAGAAUAACCGAUUUGUAAGUGUUCAAGUAUUUAGACUUAUCGCCUCCACUAAAGAUUUCUCCAGGUGACAGUGCAUUUGAGGUCUAAAUAGAGAAAAUAUUAUGUGUGUGAAUUUAUCACUUGGAUUAUUAUUGACUAGCAGCUGCUGAAAGUGAACCUGACAUGAGAAUAUUUCAAUGCAGCUAAAAGCAAUGAGUAUAAAAUACAUAGUGUUGUGCACCUUUAUGAUUUUUACAGCUCCCUUUGUACUGUUGGGAUACUGAAAUAAAGACGUUUCAUGAGUUGA